AAGGCAUUUUAACGCUUCCUCCACCGCUGCAGCAGAAAACUGUCAACCAGAUAAAAAGACGACCAGUUAGUUUGUUUUUGUUGUGUGUGUGUGUGUGAAUGCUGAUUUCUGAUAUGGGAAUAUUAAUGCAAAGCUGCUUAAAAUGCAACAGGGAUCCAGCUUGCUUUAUUCUGGUAAUAUAUUCCAUGAGGAUCUGACUGCAUCAUGGAGUCUUUGAAACAAGAAGGUGUAAAUGGAGCAAACAGGGACUUUUCAGCGCAGGAGGACACAGCUGAGGAGGAACCUCACAGGACAGCAGAGAGGAGACAUGUUGAUUCCCUUCUAGAUGUUAGCGAGGAGGGCUUCGAGAAAGAACUGGAGCCACACGAGUAUCAUUGUUACUCUGGUUGGGAAGAAGCUGUCUGGGGUUGGGCCCGAGUUGCUCCACUGAGCUGCAUACUGUUGACCCAGAAGAGAUACAGGAAACCAAAGCAGAAGGAGGCUGACAAUCCGACCCCUUUGUUUGCUGACCCAACCCCCUCUAAUGCUGACAGCUCCUCCAGCAUCGCAGGCCUGCAUAGCUUAAAGAAAUUAAACCAGCAGACAGGAUUUUGGAGUCCAACGAUGGUGACAGCUCAGCUGCCAGAUGCUACAAAAUGGCCUGUUCUCAAUGUCAUGCAGAGGCACGCGGCACAUCUCUUCCUCGAGGAAACGAUAGCGGAGGAAGGGACUCCUCUGCAGCCUCGCCAUCUGCCUUCGAAAUAUUCUGUUUCAGAGAACACACACACGAAGGCUCAGAAACACAGCCACAGGCCCAACAACACAGUGGUUCCCAUUAGAAACUUCACAUUUUUACCGCCUAUCAAAGCACCGCAUCUGAACCCCAGAGUCUACGGCCAUCUCUGCAGACCCAAGAAGGCUGCAGAAGGAGAGACCUCAGAGGAAAGCUGUUUCGUGUUGGACAAGAAGAGCGGAACGAGAAGAGCGGACGCCGCUGCUACCUCAGACCUUCCCGUUUACUCUGCAGCCCUGACCUCCAAGCACCAGACAUGUCAGCAUAACCCUCAGUUCCUCUCUGCUGUGAGUGUUUCUGUCCCCAAGAGGUAUCAAGUGCCUGCGUCUCCCAAACCUGACACAGUGCACCGCGCAAGCUACUCAAUGAGCAAGAGCCUGUCACGAGCAAUCGCACAACCUCACAUGCACCCCAGCUGCCUGUUCUCUUGAGGAACAGAACGGCGUGUGCUGUCGAGCGCUAUGAGACCUCUGGGGGGGGGCAGAUGAUGACAUUAAAAUGUGCAAUAAUUAGAAAUUCUCAGGUUCAGCCAUGAGAAAAUGACUCAUAUUUUAUUUAACAUACUCACUCCAUUGUAACUUCAUCAAAAUAGCCACUUGUAGAAUACUUCUAAUAUGUGGCAUGUUAAUAAAAUAGCAAACUAGGUCGGUCAAAUGAACAAAGUAUUGAAACGCUAACCUGUAUAUUGAUCAUUGUUUUAUUUUGACCACUUCUUUCAAGUGCUUUUGCAGCUGCUGUUACCUAGCAACGACCCCGCGAUAAGCCCGGCCGUGGGUCUGCCGUGCUUUUUUAAAUUCCACUACAAAACCCAGCUCUGUCAGAACAACUUCACUGUGCCUAUACAUGACAUAAACACUGGCCAAACUGCUGCAUCUGCUCGAUAUGAUCUCACUCUCAUAUCAGUCAGGAAGUGAUUGUUGGUGAUUGUGGAUGGGGGGUCUGAGUUUUGCAUUGCUUAAGUAUUAUCAAAACAGUAUUAUGCAGAGAUCUGUAAAUACACUGUGACAAACCAGUUGCUGCAAUCCUGUUUAAACUGGGAUACUGUUGUUGCUUUCUUCUACUACUGCUGUUGUUUAGCUAUUCUGUCAAGGCUACAGUGUUAACAUACCAGACAUUGGUCUUACCUGAAUGUUGGUGUAAAAUAAAAGGAUUCAGUCA